AUGGCUAAAAAGCGAGUAUCCUCUUCUGAAGAAGGAGACAGCGCUGGCCGCAAACGUGUCCGUACUGAACGAACCACGGGCGCGAGCGACAACAACAAAAGGAACGAGGCUAUCAACAUGGCGCUGAGCAGAGCCAACGUUGGGAAGAAAUACGCCUGGAUGAACCGGGAGACAGGUGCUCUUGAGAAGCCUGCGCCUCCCGUCUACAAGACCGAGAAAAAAGAAGAAGAAGGGCUUGCGGACUGCCCGGGGAGCCCCGAGUCAUACACCACCAUUGCCCCCCCUACAGUUGCCAAUGACGGCCCUAUACGACCGAGCAUUGAGAACGCGUCUAAAGACGCAUCCGAGGAAUUUGACGAAGAGCCUGACGAGAUAGUGGCAGCCAUGGAAAAGGAAUUGGCCCAGGACCAGAUGGUCAAGUCUAAGUCUAGCAGCGGCUCCUCGGAGUCCCCUAUCAUUAUCUCCUCCAGAGAUCCUAGCCCUAUCAGCAUCCCGUCUAAAGAGGAUACGCCUACCAAGAACAUCACAGGCUCGAAGGAGCCAGCCCUCCCCACUCCACCCAAGACGGACGAUGAGAAGAAGCCUGAACAGCAGAAACAGCAGAAACCAGCGAAGAAACCAACGCAGAAGAAGCAAAAGCAGAAGCCUGUUGUUCAGGAACCCGAGGAAGACCCCGCCGUGGCGGAAGCUCAAGAGCGGGAAGACCUAUUCGCCAUGCUAAACUACAUCUACCAAUUUGCUUAUUAG